GGCGGCGGCGCUGGCAGGGAUCAGCUUUUCCUGUCAGUUAUGCAAGCAGAAUUAUGCAAAAGCAGCAUUUUCUUCCGAGCUCCAACUUGAUGGGAGCACGACUGGCUGGAUCCCAUAGUGAAACACAGGAGCCUAAGACUAAUCCUUUGGUAUCUAUUUCAGAUGAGCCAGAAACACUGUACAAGAGGUUGUCCAUUUUGGUUAAAGGCCACGAUAAAGCUGUGUUGGACAGCUAUGAAUAUUUCGCAGUGCUUGCAGCUAAAGAACUUGGCAUCUCUAUUGAAAAAGUAGAUAAACCCCCAAAGACGAUAGAACGAUUUACACUUCUCAAGUCUGUACACAUUUACAAGAAGCACAGAGUUCAAUAUGAAAUGAGAACACAUUACAUGUGUUUAGAGUUAAAAUACCUAACAAGCAGUACUGCUGCAGUUUACUUGGAGUAUGUGCAACGAAACUUACCUGAAGGGGUUGCCAUGGAAGUGAAAAAGACUAAGAUAGAAAAAAUACCAGAACACAUUCAGAAACCUGUUUGGGAUACACUGCCUCAAGUAGAAGAAGCUGAAGUCAAGUCAUGAACACACCAGGUACUUGGCUCGAUUAGUACUGAAAUUCAUUGCUCCUAUCAACCUCAUUUACUGAGACAAUUCAUUGUUAAAUAAAGGUUCUUGUAUAAAGAAAUUAUACAAACUCUUGUUUCAUCAAGUUAUUCUUGCUCAUAACUUCAGUACAUGUAGACUGAACUGCUGUAAAGCGAAGAAAUUUGACUGCAAUCUGUGAUCAGUGACUUUGGCCGUUUAUAAUAUGUUUGUAGAAAGGUAAAGUUUAUUUGUACUUACAUAUGUAAAAGUAUGUGCAUAUAUACAUACAUAUAAAUUGACCGUCUCCUUUUGAUACUAGAUGGCUUCUGAAUGCUGAAAUACUUGCAAAUCCACUUUGUGUAAUGUUUAAUUUUAUGGAUGCCAGAUUGUUAUCAAUUUUGGAUAAACUAUUUUCCAUCUUCUUUUCUUCUACUUAUACCACAUUUCUCCAGUUUUGCUUCCUGCCACAUUUCUUAGUGAGUGCCAACGGCAAUGCUCCAACCAUUGCUUCAGCUUUUGUCUAAAGUAAUCUUCCUUGCUACUGACCAACUCCUCUGAUUUUCAAUCAGAAAAUUUGUAGUUGCAAUAAAAACCCCAUGCUUCAUACCAUGUAUUGACAUCAGAGUUUGAGCAUGCACUGUUGUGUUCUUAGGAGUCAGACAUCCAAAGUUUAAAUGAUCCCUGUCUGAAGUGCCCAUUUUUGCAUCCAUUUAGGAAAAUUGUCAGGAUCAGCAUUUUCAUUCCCUUAAACAAAGGCAGUGUAUGCCACAUGGGAUGUUCCGUGCAUCACAGCAGAGCUGUGUGCUUCACGGGAAUGUGCAUCACAUCCCUACCUUGCUAGAAUUCCAGUUUGAAUAUGAAAGAAGUGAUGUGCAGAAAGGGAAGAUAAGAACUCCUUUCUUACCCUUCUCUUUGCUACAAGCUAGUAUUGUAGCUUACACAUCUUUCUUCUCAUUAUAUCCACGGUAGUGCAUACAAUAUAAAUAAAUAAGCAUUCAACUUCAUAAGCUGUAUACUACAGUCCAUCAUGUAAUUUACACUGCCUGAGUAACUUAGGGCAAAAUGAUUUGAAAUAUUAGCUCUCCAUUCGUAAAUUUGGAUAGAAAGUGUGUGAUCAACACAUUUGUUCCAAUUAGAAGUAUACACUGAAAUUAAAA